CUUUGGAUAAAGUAAGCUUAAACUUUAAAUAGAAAUUGUUAUUUCCUUGUGAGGUUGUUAGAUUGCUGUGACUGUGAAAAUACAUAAUAUUAUGGCACCACUACGAUAAACCAAUUAAUUUCGUCUCUAUAGAAGUACAGACAAUUGAAUGAUCGAUAUUCAACGGAAUUGCUAACACUUUAAUUAAGUUAAAAACUCCAAAAAUUAAAAUGAGCAAGCCAUCCAGUAAAGACCUCCAAUGGACAAGAUCAUGCUACACUCUCAUGGAGAUCCUGAAAAAGUGUUCUUUGCCAAUCAUUCUACAAAACUCAGACUACAAACAAGCGGUUUUAUGGGUGGAUCAGAUAUUCACAAGUGGUGCUUUGUGCGCAAGAGGAAAGAGAGAUCAUUUCCUUCUGGUUCCACACAAUUCUCCGCUGCUUCAAAAGCUUCAAAUCUAUAAAGAUCCAAAAUUAAAAUCAGUGCAUGAUGCAUUGGAUAAAAAGCGCUUCCCAUUCAAAGUAACCUCACAAGGUCAAGUUACGUACUGGAUGGAAGAUGGAAUAGAGUUCAGAUUAUUUGACAAACUCACCAUUGAAUCACUAACAAGUGUAGAUUAUCUAUUGGCCUGUAAACUAACACUUGAAUCAGAUGCCACUAAGCCCCAGUUGGAAGCUCUGCCUAUCUCCUCAAAGAACAAAUUCCAUAUUGCAACUGGUUACAAGAAAACACAAUUUGAUUGGGAAAACUUCAAAUCACUUGUUAAAAGCAAGAUUGAGGAACUUAAAGUUUUUCACCCAAAAACAAUAAGCAAAGUUGUCUUCCAGUUCGAUUCAAAUCCAUUAAACUCAUACACGGCCGUAUUUCCAAGAUGUAUAUCAUUUCACAUAAAGGAAAUUGAAGAGGAACAAGAGAGUGGUGUUGAAAAACCCACACAAUCCUUAGUAGCUGCUAACCAGGCUAAAGAAACUCAACAAUCUCUAAAUGCGAAAUAUGAGGGGUCUGCAGUGGCAGCACCUAUAAAAGAGGACAUAGGGAAGAAAAAGGAAGAUACAUCUGUUCACAAAGAAGUUGAAAAAAGAAAACACAAGAAUGAUCGAAGGAAACAAGUCCCCCGAGAAAGAGAACAGAAAAUUCAUGAGCAUGAGAAAAAAAGAAAACAAAGAAUUAGUCACCUCCAUGAUAAACAGGUAGCAACAGGGCCUGUGUUGUCAUUCAGUGAGCAAAUCAAUCAGAAAGCUUUUCAGAUUGGACAACUGAAUGAUCUAGAAAUCUCACAAAAUUCUCAUCCAUCUACUUCUGGAAGCAAUGUGUCUCAAAUAAAAGCAGAGGUACCACACAAAGGUGUAUCUGUGAUGGCUGCUAAAGUAGAAAGCAAAUUUAAAGAUGAAAAAAUACAGAUGUCAGAACCAUCAGAUUCAUCCAGAUUGGAAGAAAGGAAAGUACUUCACUCUCCAGUACAUAUAGCCACACCUACAAUUGAAAAGACAUCUGAACCAACACCUAUAAUAAUGCCUACCAAUGUUGGUUCUUACCCAUCUGGAAAUACACCUAAGCUAGUUGAUAAAAAUCCUACAACACCUACACCAGCAGUUAAAAUCCGUCCUGUUACUACACCUAUGGCAGUUACGUCAACACAAGCAGCUAAACCUGCACCGAAAGUAGCUAAAAAAACCCCUGCUGUAAGGAAGAAACUGGUUCCAAAACCAUCUGAGUCAAUUAAGAGGUACAGUGAACCAUCUAUUUCAAAAUCUGUCGAACGUCCCACUCGUCCUCUCUCUGAAAUUAUAUUAACGCUCAAUGCAAGUAGUGGUGGCAUAAUGGGUAUAAAUCCAAGCCAGUCAAAACCAAAACAGAUGUCACUUGGCUAUGAUCAAUCAAACAAUCCACCUUGGGAAGCUUUUAAUGUGGGUUCUCGAGCUGCUGACAUACCAAGCAAGCAGCGUAAAAAUGAAUGCAAACCACCAGAUGUAAAAAAAAAACCACAGAAACCCCAAAAUUUAAAUCUUAAACUCCCUCCAAAUGAAUCAAAAGGGAAAUGUGACAUUCCACAAUUACCAGGAAUAGAUGCUGGAAAGAGUGUCACCAUUGUAUCUCCUACGAUCGCUAAUAUCAUCGAAAGACUAUCAGUGGAUGGCGAACCGAAGAUACCUAUGGCAGCUGGCAGUGGAUUCAGUAAUCCAUCAGGUGGUACAGUGAAGAUACUAGGUAAAAACCAGAAUCCAAAGGAGCACAUUUACGAUGAGAUACGCGAACCAAUAUUUGAUGCUAAAAAGUCAACAGUGACAGAUCCCAAGAUAGCUUAUGAUACAAUACUCCACAACGAGGCAGAAACUAAAAAUUAUGUUGCAUUAGUCAAAAGAAAUGGUAACCAGGACAAUGAUGUUCCAUCCAAAUUGGUAAUACCAAAAGAUCCAUAUAGUGGAGCAUACGUGAACGUGCAAUCAUACGAGUAAACGCAGACAUAAACACUACCGUGGAACUGAGCUACGAACCUUUCCACUAAGCCCGCCCCUUGGAUAUUGUUCCUAAGGUCCCAUAAAAAAAUAAUUAAACAUGUGCGUUUGUGUUGUGAGACAGACAACAUGUGUGUUUGUGGGACACACGCCUACUCCAGGACCUGUUCUGAUUGGUCAGUUGUUAAGUCUGAUUGACACUCUGGAAGGUCCAUUGUGUCCAUGUUGCCUUGCUCAAGAACCAAAGCAUAAUUUUUCUUUGUAUCUAUCAACUUUACUCAAAUUAUAUGAUUGUUUUACCGGUAAGAAUGUUACUAACGUUAAUCUAUUGGUCCUAUAUAAAUAGUGUCUCAGCUUUCCAUAAGCAGAGCUCUUAUACACCUUUAACAUAGAAUAUAAGAUUAUAUAUAAUUUAUUUUAUUUAUUCUGAUAUUGACAUAAAAUUAAAGAGCAGCCAAAGGCUAAAAUGGUUUGUAUUACAAAGAGUUUAAAAAAAACAAAAACAUAUAAUAAUAAUAUUCUUUUAAAUAAAUGAUUGAAUAUCAAAAUCAGAGCAUCUUGAAAAAAUGUCAGAGAUAAAAAUAUAGUCUAGCGCCCUCUACAGAUAAGUCAGUGAGUAGUUGCCACGGUUCAGUGACACAGGCAUAAUUAAAGCACACAGCAUAUCAUCAGAGAUGACUAUACACAAUAUAUACAAGUCAUCAGAAUAACAAUGCAUGGCAUGAUGAAUCCGACAAAAUAAUCUCUUAAAUUAGAAAAUCUAAGAGCAAUGAUGGUUGCACAGGCUCAAAUAAACAUGAAUGAAAUUACAUUCAAAUGCCAAAACAAUGAUGUAGUUUUUCAAUAUUACAUAUUGGAGCAUUUUGUAUCCCUGUUAUAAUAAGAUAAAAUGUUGAUGAUGUACACAUUUAAUCAUUUACUUUCCAUUAAAAAUCAUUAUAAAUAUAAUGUAUAAUACUGAAAUUUAAUAGAUAAAAAAUGCAUAUCAUUAGGAAUGAAGAAACAAUGGCUAAAAAAUUGAUAAGAAUAGAUAUUAUUUAUUUUUAAGGUACACACAUGCUUCGGCUGACGAGAAUUAAUAUAAUUCAAUUCAUAUAUAUUGCCUGGUUUUAGUACCACAGGGGAAAUCUCUAUACUACGAUUCCAAUGACAUUUUGAAGAAUGAUGCUGCAAUACACGAUUCAAUCAAGAUGUCUUAUAGGUAGAUAAAAAAAAAUCAAUGUUCAAUACAACCGUAAUAUGUUUACACAGAUUAUAAUGCUGAGAUACAAGUAUAGUACCUAGAUGAUUUCAGCAUAUAGACUUUUUGUUCAGAUUCCUGUUAAAAAAUAUUUUUUCAUACAUGUAUGAAAUUUGUAAAUUUUUGUAAUUUCACCUAUUUUGAAUUCAUAUUACUUAUGUGUGUAAAGACAAGCUUCUUAUCCUGUUCUUGCUUAUCAUGUUUGAGGUAGCUUCAUUAGGAUGCAGCCUACUGUAUGCCAAUAAGAGUUACUGUAGAUAGUAUCAUACAUACUGUUGUUCACACAUAAGAGUGGGUUGUGAGAAUUGUUAAUAGAAAUUAUAUACUAUACAUGAUUAAAUUCAAACUGACCUUUUAAAAUGAAUUUAGAAUUAAUCAAGAAAAUUAAGAAUUCAAUGUGGUGAUGACUAAUACUAAUAUUUGAGUCAAUGAAUACUUCUUUAGUAAACUGAUAAAAUUGUUUGUACUUAUUUAUUAUUAUACUUAAUAUUAAAAUAAAUAUAAUAACAAUACAAGUAUAAUAAACAUUUUUAUACAUGAAGGCAAAGACUAUGCUGGCAUAAUAAUGAGUGUUUACAUUUCUUGUAUAGGUUCCAUGUGUAUUGUUCAGUGAUUAAUUUUAAAAAAUCAAUUAUUAUUUAUGGAUUAUGAAUAUAUGAAUAAAUAACCAAAAAAAAUGA